AUGGACAACCGUGGAGGCCGAGAUCAGGAGACCGAGCGGCCGCAGACGCUGCGAGCAGCAUGUGCGGCGGCAGACCGGCAGCGCGAGGCCAUUGAGCGAGGGACCUUUAGCUUUGGCGGCGGCAGCAGCAACAGCAAUGGUGGCUACGGGAGCUAUGGCGACGCGGUGAUGGCAGCGCUGGCGGCGUACGAAGACUGCAGCGCACGCAUCGAGGCACUGGCACUGUUCAGCAGCAACGAGGGUGCCGACGACGUGGCCACGGCCCAUCUGCCAUAUCUGCUGGUGCCCUAUCGCGUGGCCGAGAUGGUGCAGCGCCUGCCGCCGCCGAAUCCGGGAACGCCGGCCGAGCGACGGCUAGUGCUGCGGCGGGCCCGCGAGGCCCACGAGCGCUUCCUGCACCUGCUGGACGGCUACGGCCUGCUGGCAGCGCCGUACGCGACGCUGCUGCAGACGUACGCCGACGACCCGACACACUUCAGCACUGUUGGCGGUGGUGGCAGCGGUGGCGGCGUGGCGAGAACGGCGACAACCGGCAUGGGCCCGGCUGCCGCGCUGAUGGAUCCGGCUGCCCGUCGCAAUGCCAAGAUUGCCAACUUCCAGGCCGAGAAGGCACUGCGCGCGAAGCUGGACGUGUUGCGGCAGCGGCAGCAGGAGCGUCGCGCACGGCGACGACGACAGCGACAGCUGAUCCGGGAUCGCGACGGCGAAAACGACGACGACAUCAUGGGAGACGCCCCACCGACACAGGCUGUCGACCAGGCUCUGGAAGACGAAAGCGAGGACGAGGGCGACGAGGACGACGAGGUGGCCCGCGAGCUGUACCUGGCCCAGCUGGCCUACUGCGCCCACAUGGCCUUUCAGAGCCUCGAGAGCCUCAACCGCGAGGACGAGCUGCUGGCACAGGCACACAUCUCGCUCUCCGACGCGUCAACGCUGCGCCGACUGCAGAGCUCCUUUGGCAGCUCGCCGACGUGGGCUGGAGCCCAGGGCGCAGGCCCGCUUCUGACGCCCGACGGCAAGCCGCGCCAGCCGUUCACCAUCAUGGGCAGCCGCGCCGAGAUGGCCAAGGCCGUCUUCCGGCCGGGACACAACCUCCCCACCAUGUCGAUCGACGAUUACCUCGAAGAAGAGCGCCGGCGUGGUGGUAUCAUCGAGGGCGGUGGGCCCAGCAGCGGAUUGCCGGCCGAACCCGACGAAGACAAUUACGAAAAGGCAGAUGCCGAGACCUACAAGGCACGCGCCUGGGACGAGUUCACUGAGGCAAACCCGCGCGGCUCUGGCAACACGUUGAACCGCGGUUGA